UGGCUUUCAGAGUUGACAGAUUGCCAUCACUAAAAGAAUUUUAAAGCGCUGCUUUCAGUCCACAGAAAAUGCCACCAUUUUGUUUAUUUUCUAGUGAAAAAAGUGUAGUGUCGGCAAUCUUGUGAAAGUUCAAAAUAAAAUUAAAGCCAUUGAAAUAAUCUACAUAUUUUCUAGAAGUCACUAAAUACAAUCGUAUAUAUGUUACUUGAGAGUUCCCCUCGUCCAGAGGGUUCGAAAUAUAGCAGACAUUGGGCGCAUCGCAAGUAAGCACUUCGUCAAAUUGACUGCAAUAUCGGGCACUAAAAAUAAUCACAAUUUGAACAACUCCCGUUCGGAAGUUACGGACAAAGAGAUAAUCCUUAAUUUGAGUAAUAAAAAGACCAAAGGUGUUUUCUUAUUCGGAAAUUCUAAAGAAAAGACUGCAGCCCCUAAAACGCCACCCUUGAUGAUGAAUAAUCACGUGACAGGCCAUUAUAGGAGGAACGAAGAAAAUGCGAAUCCUCAAAAUACUGUGAACGAUGUAGUUGAAGAAAUGGAAACACAAGAAGUGACUACAGUGGAGUACAUCGCAGAUACAGGCGGAGAAAUGGACCAAACCAAUGGGGACAUUAUGGUUGGACCACAAAUGGAUCCCAAUAUGCCCAUUCUACAAGAUGCCGAUAUGGAAGAAGAUGAUGCUCGAAGUGAGGCCACUUUCAAAUACACUGUAACCAACUUUAGUAAGCUUAAGGAUUCAGCUUUGUCAGAACCUUGCUAUGUCAGGAACCUACCAUGGAAAAUUAUGGUUAUGCCACGCAGUAGUCAGACCCAAGAAAGAACCCCACAACGUUCAUUGGGUUUUUUCUUGCAAUGUAACGGAGAGAGUGAAUCAAGCUCAUGGUCAUGUCAUGCCACUGCUGAACUGAGGUUGCUCAGUGUCCGGCCAGAUGUGGAUCAUUUUUCUCGGAAGAUACAACACUUGUUUUUCUCAAAAGAAAAUGAUUGGGGUUUCUCACAUUUUAUGUCAUGGAUGGAUGUGCUUGAUCCUGAAAAAGGUUUCAUAAAAGAUGAUACCAUUACACUUGAGGUACAUGUGAAUGCUGAUGCUCCUCAUGGAGUUUCUUGGGAUAGCAAGAAACAUACUGGUUAUGUGGGGCUUAAGAAUCAAGGCGCUACCUGUUACAUGAACUCCUUACUUCAGACUCUGUAUUUUACAAAUCAGCUUAGAAAGGCUGUAUACAAGAUGCCCACCGAAUCAGACGAUUCGACAAAAUCUGUGGCCCUGGCCUUGCAGCGAGUUUUUCAUGAACUUCAAUUUUGUGACAAACCUGUUGGCACAAAAAAAUUGACUAAAAGUUUCGGCUGGGAAACGUUGGAUUCAUUUAUGCAACAUGAUGUGCAGGAAUUUCUAAGGGUAUUGCUGGAUAAGUUAGAAAGUAAAAUGAAAGGUACAUGUGUUGAAGGAACAGUACCUAAGCUAUUUGAGGGCAAAAUGCUCUCUUACAUAAGGUGCAAGAAUGUGGAUUACUCUAGUACUCGUUCAGAAACAUUUUACGAUAUACAGCUUAAUAUUAAAGGAAAGAAAAACAUUGAUGAAUCAUUCAAGGAUUACAUAGCAAAGGAAACACUUGAUGGUGACAACAAAUAUGAUGCCGGCGAACAUGGCUUGCAAGACGCAGAGAAAGGUGUUAUAUUCUCUGCCUUUCCUCCUGUUCUACAUUUACACCUGAUGAGAUUUCAGUACGAUCCUAUUACGGAUUGCUCAGUAAAAUUCAAUGAUCGUUUUGAGUUUGGAGAGAAAAUUUCUCUAGACGACUACAUGCAAGAACCCGAUCCCAACAAUCCAGCAAACUACACCUUGCAUGCUGUCCUGGUUCAUUCUGGAGAUAACCACGGAGGUCACUACGUAGUCUUCAUUAAUCCCAAAGGAGAUGGUAAAUGGUGUAAAUUCGAUGAUGACGUGGUAUCCCGUUGUUUGAAACAGGAAGCCAUCGAUCAUAAUUUCGGGGGUCACGAUGAAGACAUGAAUAUGACCGUUAAACAUUGUACCAAUGCCUAUAUGUUGGUUUACAUUAGGGAUUCCGAACUACAUAAUGUUUUACAAGAGGUGACGGAUGCUGACAUUCCUAGCGAGUUAGCUGACCGUCUGAAAGAGGAAAAACGCAUGGAGCAAGUCCGUAGGAAAGAACGAAACGAGGCUCAUCUCUACAUGACCGUCAAUGUACUUCUAGAAGAUUCAUUUGAUGGUCAUCAGGGAAAUGAUCUUUAUGACACAGAAAGAGCCCAUUAUAGGGUAUUCAAGAUUAAAAAAAAUGCAACAGUAGCGGAAAUGGUUGAAAUGAUGGCCGACGCUUUUAAGUAUCCCCCAGAACAGAUAAGGCCAUGGCCGUUUUGUUUCCGGUCCAAUCAAACUUUCAGGCCUUCAAUGUUGGACUUGGAUUCUGUACUCCAUAAGCAAGUUGCUGAAGCAGCUGAAAAUCAAAAUCCAUGGCACAUGUUCUUGGAACUUCUACCUCCUGAUUCCGGUUUGACUGCGUUGCCGUUAUUUGAUAAAGUCUCUGAUGUUCUUCUUUUCUUCAAAAUGUACGACCCCAAACAGAAAAAAAUUCACUACUGCGGUCAUACUUACAUGCCUGUUACUAGCACAGUGUCUGAUUUGAUUCCCAUUCUGAACGAAAGGGCUGGUUUUCCAACAGAUACAGAAUUAGUUUUGUAUGAAGAAAUCAGACCAAACAUGAUUGAAAAAAUUAAUAAUUAUUCUGAACAUUUGGAGAAGGUUCUCGAAGAGUUAAUGGAUGGUGACAUAAUCGUUUUUGAAAAGGAGGAACGUGAAGAACUUUCCGAUCUUCCCACAUGCGUUGAUUACUUUAAAGAUCUUUUUUAUAGAGUCGAAGUGACUUUCAUAGAUAAGUGCAUUCCUAACGACCAAGGCUUCACUAUGGAAUUGUCUCAAAGAAUGACUUAUGACCAAUUAGCAAGGGCAGUAGCCCAAAGGGUUGGUACCGAUCCUUACUUGCUACAAUUCUUCAAAUGUCAAAGCUAUAAGGACAUUCCUGGUAAUCCUUUAAGGUGCACUUUUGAAGGCACUUUAAAAGACUUGCUAGUUUUUGCAAAGCCUAAAGUUCCAAAAAAAAUAUUCUACCAACAGUUGAGCAUUAGAAUAAAUGAACUAGAAAAUAAGAAGCAAUUUAAGUGUGUAUACUUGGGUCCUAAGAUUAAGGAAGAAAAGGAACUAAUUCUUUAUCCCAAUAAGAACGGUACAGUUGCUGAUCUUUUAGAGGAAGCGAAGAAACAAAUAGAAUUCAGUGAAGGGAGCACUGGAAAACUGAGGCUAACAGAAGUCAACUGUAACAAAGUCUCAAUGGGUCCUAAAGAGGACACUCCUUUAGAAAGUUUAGCAAUAGUAGCAGCUAAGAUUUGGAGAAUAGAGGAAAUCCCAAGGGAUGAGCUGAAUUUACAGGAAGAUGAGAUGCUUAUUUCUUGUGCUCACUUCUAUAAAGAAGUCUUUUCAACGUUUGGCACUCCAUUCCUGAUUAAAAUCAAGCAAGGAGAAUCGUUUGUAAAAGUUAAAGAGCGAAUUCAAAAAAAAUUAUGUGUCCCUGAAAAAGAAUGGGAAAAAUUCAAAUUCGCCAUUGUCUCCAUGGGAAAGCCUCAGUACAUUAACGAAGACGAAUAUGUAGUGAAUUUUUCAGAUUUCAGGCUCCUUCCCAAUCAAACCGGAAGUUCAAGACCUUGGCUAGGCAUGGACCAUGUAAAUAAGGCCCCAAAACGGUCUCGGUACAACUACUUGGAAAAAGCCAUAAAAAUAUACAACUGAGAGACUGAAAAUUCCUCGCUGACAACAAUAACAGUUUGAAAAAGAGUAUUUUCUCCAGGUGUUCUUUAUUUUCUUCGUUUACUUAGAGAUUUACGCUUCAUCACAAGACAACACUAUAAGAGCGUCUACUGUGAAAUUAACUUCCCUUCCUCUCUAUUUCAUAAUCGUAAGACCUUGAAGAUUAAAUCUGUAGGCCAGCUGUAUGCGCUCCAUAAAUAAGGAUUGUCAAAACGCAAUAUUUACAAUGGCGAUAACACCAAAUUUUACAGGCUUUUUUCCUUUAGUUGUAACGUCGGCUGAUAAAUUAGUGAAUUUGAUAUUACAGCUGCUCAUUAAACUGGAAAAAGGUUGGAGGUGUAACAGAAUUUUCAAAUUUUUUUCUUUGUUUGUCUCUCAAUGCCGUGAUGAUUUCUGAACAUAAGUUGUGAUAUUUGGUAAUUUUUAAUUUGCUUAAUUAUGUUUUUUAAACUGCUAUUGACAAAAAAUCAAUUGUUCUUUUAUGUUUUUUGAAUUAUUUAAAUAACAUUGUAUUCAUCUCUAAGUAGAAUGGCUGUGUUUUUGAAGUGUAGAUUAUUUGUUGUAUCUAUCUCUGGAAACAGCUGGCAAUUACAAUUUUAUCGAGCCGUGCAUAUAUAUAUAUAUAUUAUAAAUAAAAUAAAGCUAGGGAGAAAUUGCUGUUGUAUACUUGUGUAAAUAAAUAUCUACUUGAAACUUUAUUCAGUUUACAAUUCACCCAAGAUUGGCUUGGAUUCGUUUAUUCCAUAUUGAUGAAACAGAAACUUAAUUUCUUCUCAUCAUGAAGUCAUAUUCAAUCAAACUAAUGUAUUUUGGAGUUUUUAUUUUUCAUAAGUUGAAAUUGUCAAUGAGAAGAUAUGAAUUGUUUAAUGAAAAUAUACCACAAUGUCAAGCUAGAUCUUUUCUAAUAUUUAUAGAUUAGAACAAUUGGUAUGUUAUCAAAAAUGCACCAUCCAUCAAACUUAUUUUACUUUGCAUUCUGAUACUAUCGAGUGCAACCAAAAUGAUGGGAAAUAUAUUUGAAACCUAUAUAGACACUUCACGGUAUUGAAGGGUACUACUUUUUUGUUGAAUAUUUGACCUAAAUUUAAUUUUUAUUACGACGUAUUUAAUUGUUUAUUGAAUACUCUUGAUUGGAGAGGUAUGCAAAAAUUCAAUUCCUGUUUUUAUUAUGAUUUUUUAUACCCGUAUAUAUGUACGAUUUUGAAUAAAUUAAGAAGAUCUGA